GAAAUUCCUUUAAAAUACAAAAAUUUAAUGGAAAAAUGCUGGGAUGCUGAUCCAUUAAAAAGGCCUGAUAUUCGUACACUUUCCAAGAAAAUAAAAGAAAUUAAGUCAUAUUAUCAAAAUAACCCAAAUGAAUUAUCUCAAUUAAAAAUAAAAAUAAAUGAAAAAACAAGUUACCAUACAAGUAGCAGUGAAAUAUUUUCAAGUAAAAUUCAUAAAUUUGAAAAUUUGCCUGAACCAAAAAAUGCAACAGAAGAACAACAAGAAGCAUUUCAUAGUAAAUUAUAUGACUUUAAUAUUCCAACAAAUAUUGAUGAUUUUGGCCGAUCAAGUAAUAAGAAUAACAAAAGAAAUAGUAUUGUUAUUGAAGCUGGUAGUACGAGAUUGACCGGGGUGUUUAAAAAAUUACGGGUAAAUUCAAAAAGUGUUAAUAUACAGAAUAAGUAUUAUGAAAAUACAAUACGUCAACCACAAACCUGUGAUAUUGAUGAUGACGAUGAUUAUAAUAAUCCAAAUCUUCAUUCAGAAGAACAAGAGGAAUUGGAAAUUCCUAAUGAUGGAUUCUGAAUUAUUUUACAAAUUAGAUUUAUAAAAAUAUCAUUUAUCUUAUUUUGAAGUUAAAAUUAUUUAAUCACUGAGAGUAAUAGAAUAAAUUUCUUAGUUUCAUUGCAGAAAUUUUUAAAAUCAAAUCCAUAUUGUGGCAAGGUUGAAAUUUUAAAAAUCAUUAUUCACUAAAUUCAAAGUUUGUUUAGUGCAGAUAUCAGACUAAAAACAGAAAUAAGGGAAAAGACAUGAAAAUAAUAAUGAUUAUGAAGAAAAAGGAAAUUAUUGAUAAAUCUCAUAACUUACAUUAACAAUCAAUUCAAGUCUCAUUCCCAUAAGAUAUAAGUAAC